AUGUGCCCAAUUUUUCCUUCUGAUGAUGAUUUAGAGGAAGAAGAAGAUGAUGAUGAGGACAUAAAAGAUGGUCAAGAAUCAGAAAAUGACGAUCUAGAGGAAGAUCUUGUUGAAGAAGAUGAAGAUGAAGAUAUAGAAGAAGGUCAAGAAUCAGAAAAUGAAGAUCUAGAGGAAGAUCUUGUUGAAGGAAGGGAAAACAAUCAAGAGUCAGAAAGUGAAUAUUUUGUUGAAAGAAUUGAGUUUGAACUAUAUCCAGAGGAAAGUGAAGAAGAGAAUCCCUCCUACAACAACGUGCUCGGCCUACUGAACCAAAUGUGUGAAGAAUGUUAG